AUGUUGGAGGCAUUUCGGGGCAGAUGCCGAUUUAGACAAUACAUAGCCAACAAGCCCGCCAAAUACGGCAUAAAGAUCUAUGGAUUAGUAGACGCCAGAACAUUUUUAACAUCAAAUCUUGAAAUCUACGCGGGUAAACAACCAGAGGGACCAUUUCAACUAAAAAAUGACGCAGCGAGUGUUGUAUUGCGACUUAUAGAGCCAAUUAGUGGUACAGGAAGAAAUGUAACUACUGACAAUUAUUUCACCUCAGUGCCAUUGGCUAAUAGCUUAUUAGUAAACCAUCGACUAACUACAAUAGGAACAAUGCGCAAAAAUAAGCCUCAAAUUCCUCGCGAGCUUCUAGAUGUGAAAAAUAGACUAGUAAAAAGCAGCCUGUUUGCAUAUGGUGAAUACUCGGAUGAAAACCUCAAUAAGUGCCUUCUUGUUUUAUAUGUACCAAAGCGAAACAAAAACGUGCUGUUAUUAUCAACCCUGCAUGUUCAUGGUAAGAUCGACGAUGACACUGGAGAUGCUUUCAAGCCCGAAGUUAUUACAGACUAUAAUCUUACGAAAGGAGGCGUAGAUGUGGUCGACAAAAUAAAAUCUGAAUAUUCAACAGCACGAUUCAACAAUAGAUGGCCAUAUACCGUAUUCUGUGGGCUUCUGAAUAUAUCAACCAUCAACAGCCAAAUAAUCUGUCGAGAAAAUACAAACAAUAUUAUUACCAGAAGACAAUUUAUAUCGGAACUUAGUAAAUUGCUUGUCAUGCCUCACCUGUACAGACAUUCUCAGAUUCCAAGUCUGCCUUAUCUACUUAGUCAAAAGAUUAGAAACAUAACUGGAGAAAGACCAACCCCAAAUAGAGACCAAGCCACUCAAGCCAAAGUGAAAUGUGAAUUCUGUCCAUUGAGAAAAAACUGGUUCAGUCGGAGGUUUCCUUCAGCUUUAGAGGAUUCCAGAAUGAAACAUCAGAAGAAGAAACCUUCAGUUCAGAAAUUUUAGAUUAAGAAUUUUCAGUGUUUGGUUAGUAUUUUUGUUUUAGUUUAUAACAAUAAUUUUUCACUAAUGUAUAGCUUAAUAGUAUACUUGACAAUAUAAACAUUUAAUUUAAGUAAAAAUA